UAAUAGCUUCCAACAUACUCAGAGAGAGCCCAGUUGCUUCUGAUUGUUCUGCCGAGUAACAACGUUUGUUGGCGAGCUCAAGUGUGGCGUCUUACUCUUCAAUUUAAUUACUUUUGUGUCUUUCUUGAGUGUUUAGCCAAAUUAUUACUUAGGUGAAGUGUUCAAGAAGUUAAAGGAAAAAGCCGGAGUAACUCUUUAGUGCCAAGAUUUUUUUUGUGCUUUUAUUUCAUCUUAACAAAUUAAAACACCGGGCGUGCCCUUUCGCGCAAUGGCAACGUAUAUGGUGCAACCUGUGAAGCUGGUGGAUGUGAAAGCAGGUCAAUUUUCAAAUGGACUCAACGGACACAGUGCUACAAAUGGGGUGAAUGGAACUAAUGGAACUAAUGGGAUUCAUGAGAUGAAGAAUGGCUUAAAUGGACAUUCUGAAGAAAAACCAGAACAAGCAACAAAUCCUGUUGAAGAUGAAGAUUUAGAGAUCAUCGAGGAUGUUGCAGAUCCUCACUGUGUUGCUGAGAAUCCCGUAAAGAUUUCCUUCCAGGACAUUACCUCAGCAGCAUUUCUCAUCAAGAGUGGAAUUCAGUGCACACCGUGUCAGAGAUCCCAUUUAUCCGACAUGACAGGAAUGGAGCUCUAUCUGAAGAAAGAAUUCCUCCAGUUCACAGGCAGCUUCAAGGAACGUGGCGCUCGUUACGCUCUUCUUAUGCUUUCGGAGGAAGAGAAACGACAGGGCGUUAUCUCAGCGUCCUUGGGCAACCACGCUCAGGGCCUCAGUUACCAUGCAACCCGCUUGGGGAUCCCUGUUACCGUGGUCAUGCCAAUUGCAGCUCCGAUCAUGAAGAUUCAGAAAUGCCGUAGCUACGGUGCCAAUGUUAUUGUGAAGGGUGAAAGCAUGUCUGAAGCUAAAAAAAUUGCCAUGUCCAUUGGAAAACGUCGCAAUUUGGUUUACAUCAACGGCUACGAUCAUCCUCAUAUUAUGGCAGGUCAGGGAACAAUUGGUUUGGAAAUUGUUGAGCAAAUGGGAAUGCCGGAUGCAGUUGUUGUUCCCGUGGGUGGUGGUGGACUCAUUGCUGGUGUAGCAACAGCCGUUAAGGCUAUUUCACCACAAACCAAAAUCAUUGGUGUUGAAUCAGACAAGUGUCCAAGUUUUACCCGCGCUCUUGAACAUGGCGGACCUAUCUUAACACCCAAUAUGGCUACCCUGGCUGAUGGAUUGGCUGUUCCAACGGUUGGGUACAAUGCUUUUGCCACUGCUGUCCCUCUUCUCGAUAAAAUGGUUGUCGUACGAGAGGAAUGGAUUGCCUUGGCCAUCCUACGCCUUGUUGAGCAAGAAAAGUGUGUGGUAGAAGGAGCAGGAGCUGCUGGUUUGGCGGCCAUUUUUUCAGGACAUUUAAAUGAAUUUAAAGGGAAAAAAGUUUGUCUCCUACUCUGUGGUGGCAACAUUGACACAACAAUCUUCGGAAGAUGUUUAGAACGUGGUUUAGCCGCUGAGGGUCGUCUCUUGAGGUUCUGUGUAACAGUGAGUGAUCGCCCGGGAGGAAUUUCGGAACUUUGUCGUGAGCUAGCUGCCCUAGGUGUCUCCAUAAAGGACAUAAUGCACGAGAGAGCGUGGAUCAGAGAUAUUUUCAGUGUGGAAGUGAAGGUUGUUUGUGAAACAAGCGAUUGGGCUCAUUCAGAGCAACUCAGGAAGGUUCUAACCGAAAAGUACAGCCAUGUUGUUUUCAACGACGUCCCAAUGGCGAUUGCUAAUUAAGGCUACAUAAAGGAUUGAUUUUAAUUUUUUAAGUGUUGAAUAAUGUUUAAAUAUGAAGUGUUUAUUCAUGAAAUUAAUUGUAUUAUCAUAUAAGAAGGUCUGAGUUGGUAUUGUAUUUUAACGAUAUUGCAUUCCUUACAAUAACCUUACUUGUUAUAUUAUAUUUUUUUAUUAAGCUUGAACAUAAAUAAUAAUACAUAACAAAAUUGUGUCAUAAAAAAAAAACAAUUUUCUUUUCUAUGUACAAAUUUUUAUUCAAACGAUUCAUACAUUUUAAUUUAGUAAAUGAUGCUCAAAAAAAUAACCUUAA